AGAUCAUAUAAGAUAGACCUGCAUGAAGAAAAUGAGACUAGACACCAGAAAGCCAGCGGUCACAGUGAUGCCACUCAGCUGCUCUGUCCUGAGGCUCUCGCUGCUCCUGCUGCUGCUAUCGGCUCCUUCAGGCCGAGCGGUAGUUGGGCCCACUGUCAGCUGUUGUUUGAAAACCAGUGAAACCAGAGUCCCCAUGGAGAAGCUGAAGAUGUACUACAUACAAACUGACAUGUGUCCAGUGAAGGCAGUUCGAUUUACUACUGUAAAGGGUAUAACCAUCUGCUCAGAUCCAUCUGAUAAUUGGGCAAUUAAAGCCAUUAAGCAUCUGGAUGCCAAGAAAAAGCCACACACGAGAAAUACCUAUGCAGCCAAACUGCCACGUCCAUCAGAAAAUCCAUUCCUCUCAACAGAAAUGCCACAUACAUCUUCCAUUAAGGACCUCUCUUCAAUGGAAACAUCACACACAACAAACAAACAGCAAUACAUGGAAAGACUCAAUCCAACAACAGAACAGACAGAAGCAACCACCACCAUAACACACCUCUCCUUGAUGGAAAUGUAUCAGUCAACAAAGGAAAAGCCAGAGCCACUGACAUCUGCUGGAAAACAUCUCUCUCCUCGCCCAACAACAGAAGAAUCAGGUCCCACAGUAGAACAGCCAGACCCAACAAUAGAAGAGGAAAACGCUUCAACAGGAAAGCCUCACCCAGCUACAGAAGUACCAAACUCCACAACAGAACAGUUACACCCAACAACAGAAAAAACAGACCUUGCAACAAAGCAGUUGUCCUCAACAAAUGAAGAUCCAGACCCCUCAGCAUACCAGUUAUACCCGACAACAGAAGAAAGAGACCCUACAGCAGUACACUUUCACCCAACAACUGAAGAACUGGACUCCACAGCAGAACAGUUACCCGAAAAAACAGAAGAACCAGACCCCACAUCUGAACGGUUAUUCCCAAAAACAGAAGAAUCAGGCCCCACAUCAGAAAAGUUCCACCCAACAACUGAAGAACUGGACUCCACAGCAGAACAGUUACCCGAAAAAACAGAAGAACCAGACCCCACAUCUGAACGGUUAUUCCCAAAAACAGAAGAAUCAGGCCCCACAUCAGAAAAGUUCCACCCAACAACUGAAGAACUGGACUCCACAGCAGAACAGUUACCCGAAAAAACAGAAGAACCAGACCCCACAUCUGAACGGUUAUUCCCAAAAACAGAAGAAUCAGGCCCCACAUCAGAAAAGUCAGACACCUGA